GGUCAGUCGGGUCCUCUCUUCGUGUCUUGGAUCCUCAUGUCUGCCCUGCCCUCUCUGGGGCCGGGAAGACGACAACGAGACCCAACUCGCAGGUGGGAGCUCCAGCUCGAAUGGACGGGGGGGGGAGGGGAGUGGAGGGGGGUUUGGGGAUCCGCAAACUGCUUGUGGAUUGUGGGAGAGAGACUCUUGGGAGUGGGAGCAGUGGAAAGGAGGCAGAGAGAGCGCGGGACAGGAGGGGGAUUGGCGGCUGCUUGUGCUUGUGCUUGUUGCUUGCUUGCUUUCCUGGAUUUGGGCCUUUGGGGUGUGUUCAAUUCAGUUCGGUUCCAUUCCAGUUUCUGCUGCGACCUUGCAGCUGGGGGGGAGAUGAUGGUGGAUGUGAUGUACCAGGUGGAAAGGGGGGGGAAGUCAUGGAUGGGAGGGGAGGGGGAGGGGUGUGUUUGUGUCUACUGUGUAUGUGUGUCUGUCUGUCCGGUGGAGGGGAAGAGAAGCACCCGGGUGGGAAAGGAAGCGGAAGGGAACGGGGAAAAGGGGGGGGAAGGAAACCAGGAAGGAUAUGUUUUUCUUUAAUUUGGCAUCGCCUCAAAGAGUUAAUACAACCGUCAUGUACUUACAGAACGGUUCGGUACUUUUUGAAAGCAAAGAAACCAGAGACGGAUAGUCCUCGUGGCUCCCGUGGUGGUGGCACUGGCACUGAGAGCGGCACUACGGUACUCGUGCUCCCAUCUUUCUGUUCUUCUUUCUCCUCUCUCCCUGUCAUGUCUGUCUGUGUCUGUACCUACACUACUGCGUCCAGAUACUCCGUAAAGAUACUCCGAACAUAAGGUACGGAGUACAUAACAGAUGCAAAGUGGCAGACAAAACCAAAAGGCAAGGAUGCAUGACUUAGCGUACUGGUCUGUACGUACCUUGCAGCAACACCUAGCAGGGAGCACGGGGAUAGGGUCAAGUAGGAGGAACAGGC